GUGUCGCGUUAUGGACGCAGGCGACGCGCCGCGGAUCUCCUGCGCCCGUCAAAGACCGUAGCCAGGCCGGAUGAGACAAAUCAGACAAGGGGAGACUUCAGAACGAAGAGAGCUGAAGCAAGAAGGUUGGCUCACGUUGUGUCCACAGGGGUUGCAUGGCAGGCACCACACGGUGCGCAGGAUGAUGCUGGCAGUGUGUAGACAAGAACAGAUAAUAAACCUCAGUGGACCAUAACCAAGGAGACAGAAGCUCCAGAGGCAUGACUGCAGUGUUUUCUAGAAAAUCUCAUGUGACUGAAGGGGCAGUUAGGAAGAGAUAAGUACAACUUAAAAUAAUCUUAUGAACUGCUUUAUAUAUAUAUGCUUUUUGUAAUCUCUUCUCUGCAUGCAGGUGUGUUUCUGGGUUGUCUACCUGCAGGCAAUGGGAAAAUGCUGCAAGUGCAACGGGAGACUGCUGUGCAUGUGCUUGCUGCCUUGUAUGAUGACAGGUCACCUUGUGAUUUACAUCAUGGUGUCCAUAUUCAUCACUAUCUCCUACACGCCUCCAAAAAUAACCGUCCACUAUGUAGCCCCAGGGAUUUCUUCCAAUACUUCGUCCAUGGCCUCCCACCCACUCGGCCCCUUUUGGAACCUCCGUUUAGAGGACAGUGCACUGUGGAACCAGAUGCAACAUGCUUGGGACCGGCAGUACAAUCCAAUACUGAGGGCAAACACCACUGGGAUAAUGAGGAAGCCAAAAGUGAAACUUUUAUCGGCAGUCGAGGAUGAGUGCCUCUCUGACUGCAUGUCACACAAAUGUUCCUUCCCUCACAAGCAUGACAUAAGCAGCUUGCCAGAACAAAUUCAGGCAUUUAUCAGGUCAAUGCACUGCAGGGAGUACCCGCUUCUUAUCAACCAGCCUGCCAUGUGCAAGAGGAACAACGCCAGCUUUGGUUUGAACUCGCCAAUGCUCGUCAUGGCCAUCAAAUCUCAAGUGGGGAACUUUGAGAAUCGGCAGGCCAUCCGGGAAACGUGGGGACACAGCGGCUUGGUGAAGGGGGAAACCUACAAGAAAGGUGGAUUAGUGCGUACAGUGUUUCUGCUUGGAAGACAGGACUCGACUACAGGUCCUCAUCCAGACCUCAAGAACCUCCUGGAGCUGGAAAACCAGAAGUACGGGGACAUCCUACAGUGGGAUUUCAGAGACACUUUUUUUAACUUGACUCUGAAGGAUCUGUUGUUCUGGAACUGGCUCCAACAAUACUGCCCCACUGCUACCUUCGUCUUCAAAGGGGACGACGAUGUCUUUGUUCGAACAAACGCUCUCCUGGAUUACCUCCAUAAACAGUUGGAGGAGCACAACCUGUGGAGUUCUUACCCCAAUGAGACGAACAUGGAUUUGUUUGUCGGGGAUCUGAUUACGAACGCAAUGCCAAACCGCGAGCCGUCCACCAAAUACUACAUCCCAGAAACUUUCUAUAAAGGAGCUUACCCACCGUACGCGGGCGGAGGAGGUGUGGUGUACUCUGGCUCCCUUGCAUUACGUUUGAAAGAGGUGUCUGAGAGGGUUCGCCUGUUCCCUAUUGAUGAUGUGUACCUGGGCAUGUGCCUGCACAGGCUGGGGCUCUCUCCCAGCCAUCACCCGGGCUUCCUAACGUUUGAUCUCCCACAGACAGACAGAGAAAAUCCCUGCGCUUACAGAUCCGUGCUCCUCGUCCACAAACGGAGUCCCAAGGAGAUGUUGACCCUGUGGAAACAACUCCACAAUCUGUCUGGACAGUGCUGAGGCUCAUUUGCCAAGCAAAUAGGAUUGACUGAGCGUCUGGUGAGAGCUGCCACCACACUCAUUUGAAAAAUUUACUCCCCGUGACUGAGUCGUGUGGAGCAGAGCACAUUUAAUGCCCCUGUCCUCUGAAGAUUUAUUUUAUUCUAGGGAGGAGACUGAUCUACCUCAAAGGGGACUUUUAUUAAAAGGGCAUUUAAAAAUAUGGUACUCUUAAUCAUCACAGGUAUGUAUUUAUGUCCUCUCAAAUAAAAUAAUUUAUUUCUGUAAGUUCUAAGUACGUCUUACUUGAUAUGUGUGUGGAAAAUGUACUUUAGAUAUAUUUGUUGGUAUAAUUGUGCCUUUCCCCACUUGAAAUGUAUGUCAUCAAAUCCGAAUGAGAAAGAAUCCGAAAUGUCAUAUGUCCACAUCAUUUUCACAGAGAUUGUGGAUAACAACUUUAUAAAGUAAUUUUAACAAAUUUGACUCUAAUUGUGCCUAAUAUAAUGAGAUGUGGACUGAACACAUUUUACCAGAAAUAUGUAAAUUGUUGUUGUCCUGAUGGCAAUAAAGGAUUUUUUUUUCCA